AUGGAUGUGCGACGUAGAUCAUCGACUACUGCACAGACAGAGACACUGCUUCACACCAUCAUCUUCUUUCCCGUCGACUACGACGAUCCAGGCAACGAGUCUAUAGCCAAUGUUGAGAAAGCCGACGAUUCGAUCAGUACCGGACCGCAUAAGCAUAUGAUCCGCCGGCCAGCCCUGGAACAAGCGUCUUUGAGUUUCCACGAAAUGCCCAAGUAUUUCCAAGAUGAACACUUCGGUAGAGUACAGAGAAGAUUGCGCUCUAUCUACUUUUCGGAAUUGGCGCCAAUCGACCGAAAGCACUAUUACGCCGAAGACUCCGAUUCUUAUGCGGCUCAAGAGAAAGAGGGUGAAAACAUCACCCAUCGAUUCCUCCACCAGAUGCCUCUUUUCAUGCACAUGCUUCAAGAAAAGGGGUUCAGAACCGUAUAUGCGCGCAACCUCGAGUCCGCACAGCGCCAUGCAAGAAGACUAAAGAAAGAGAUUAACCAGGGGGAAUCGCCAACGUACAGACAACCAAAGACACCAGCAACCCCGCCAGCAACGGCAACCUCGAACUCCUUUACUUUGAGCCCAACAACUCCACGGAAGCUUCCGGAUCCGAAGCUCCCGGAGGUGAUGCUCCUCACAUAUCGCGUUGGUACAAGGAUACACUUGGAUAGCCGUGCUUACGAUGCGCAUGUGGGCGAGCAUGUCUUGCUGUACCCAUCGCGUGAUGAAAUCUCGCUGGACAAUGCUAAGAUCUACGAUCUUCAAGCCUUCGAUGCAGUUGCUCAGAAGGAUGACUCAUGGCGGCCGGCAUGGCACCAAUGCAAUCUGAAGAGCGUCACCGCGGCUGAGAAAGAAUGUCUUUUCGAAGAGGAAAAGUAUAAAGGCUUGUGGCAAGGGAAAACUCAGAUCCUGAAGAGGGGACACAGCUGGGGUAUGCACAUGGUGGAAUCGGUCCCUUGGAAAGGUUCCUUUCAAGAGCCGGCUUGUUACAGAACGUUGCAGGAGUUCCACAAGAAACUCAAGGACGCAGAUCUCCUCAAUAUCCAUCUCGAGAAGCACCCGGGGAAACUUGCACAGAAGGCGGAAAAUCAUAUUUUGCACCACUCCCGUUUUUUCAAUUACAUACAUCAAGAGUAUGUUGACUCUCUUGGCACCUGGGGAGAGCUAAGGGUUUUUAUACGGAUGAAAAACGUCAAGGACGCAAAGGGAAACGAAAGAAGGGUGCCCAAAGUCGUGGACAUCAUCAAGACACAUUUCAAUGACCGAGUUGCGAAAGAUAGAUUCCAGAAGAGAUUUGGGCCCCCGAAACCUCAAACACAAAAGAGGAAGGCAAAUUUGCAGCCCGGAGCGCGACCGGGCAGUGGGCAACGGGCACCUGAGAAAGGUGGAACUAAUGCGCCCAACCAAGAAGGCGAUCGAUACGCUUCGAUGUUUAAAUCACAGCUGAAACGUACAAUUCGGCAACGCAAAUUGGGGAUGAAACCUUCAGAGUAUAAGAACAAAAACAAAUCGGGAUUGAUCAAGAUUCUCAGAGACAGUGACGCCGGAGAUGGAGCCGAGCAAGAAGGAGUCGAGCAAGCGGGGUCUGACCUUGAAGGCGAGACUGCGGUUGAGGAUGAACACGAUACGAGUGGAGACACUGUGCUGGAGGCUGAUGCUGAUGAUGGGGAUGAGCUGGAUCCCGGAGAUGGACCAGACGAGGACUUCUUUGAGCUACCUGACGAAGGUCCCAUUGUGCGCUGCACAUAUUACACGUACAAGAUGAACGUUUCGCGUCUGAACCUUGAAAGUAAAGAUCCAUUCAGAACGUACCCCAAGAUCAAUAUUUCAGCUAUCAAAAGGUUCGCCAUUUCCCAAUACAGGCGCCUCUUGAGCCGCUACCCCAAGCAAUUCGAAUCCCUCAAUGUAGGUGCUAGACUAGACCUUGGAAUUAGUUCGAAACAGGAGCUUUUCAUCAACGAGGUGACAAGAUGGUGGUUUGCCUCCUGGUUUGGCGGGCUCGAAGAUGUCGAGAUACAGGACAGAGUUGCGCGCGGUUUCGCAGAGAGUUUCGCAGAAGCGUACAAGCCGGACCGGAAAGCAAAUGGCGAGUCGGACCACGAGAGCGAUGAUGAUGAAGACGACUUUGAUGACGAUCGCUACGAGGCGACCGCAAUGCUCUAUAAGCUCAAGAAGGGUAAGGAGGAGCACAGCGAUCGGCAAACUUACGGCGUAGGAGGGGACGAAGGUGCAAAUGGAGGAGGCCAUGGCGGAGGAAGUGGGGCAGAUAAAGGACCUGGAGGAGGACAAGACGGGGAAGGCGGGCAAGGGGACGAGACCAAUCCCGAUGACCAAGGAGACAACGGGAAAAGGCCAAACCCCACCAAGAACAGCCAGAAGAAAGCACCUGGCCCUGCUGAAGAAGAUGAUGCUCAACAAAACAGUGACACGAAAGGUAGCGGCAAGAAGGUCACACCACCCACGAAAGCAAAAGAUCAAAUCAAGGCUGGUAAUGUCAAUGAUGGAGACGAGGGUGUCGGACAGGAACCGAAGCAACUCAGGAGUGCCCGUCAACCCAAGAAGCGCAUCUCUGUCGACAACGAUGAUGGCGGUGAUAAUGGUGACAACGAGGAGAGACCACCGAGGAAGAAGGGCAAGAAGAAUCCUGCAAAGCCAAAGAAUACGUCGAAAACGAAGAAGGCGGCGAAAGCAUCGACAAAUAGCAUGGAAAGUCGGACAAAAAAGACGUGA